AUGCAGAACUUGAGGACCGCCCAAAUCGACAACCGUUCGCGGGUCCUCCUAGGACCGCACCGACUUGACAACCGAAUCAACUCCGAACUCGCUAAAGCAUAUGUGGAACAACUGUCCGAGCAAGCCACCUCGCUGCUAGUAGUUGAGCCCACUCAGGAGACCAUGUCCCUAGACUCCCUCGAGCUGAUCGAGCUCCUUCUGCAGCAAAACCGCACGUCGUUCGAGAACGAGCGCCGUACUCUCCCUGAUAAGUAUCGGAUAGAGAACGGACUGCUGCUCUACUCUAACCGUCUCUGC